AUGCAGCCUCCACAGCUGCAGGUGGAGUCAGUGGAGCUGCAGGUGCCCAACCUCCCUGAGAACCAGGCCCCAGUGAAUGUGACUCUGGAUCCAGACACGGCCCAUCCCGAGCUUGUCCUGUCUGAGGAUCAGAAAAGUGUGAGAUGGGGAGCCACACGGCAGCGACUGCCCAGCAAACCUGAAAGAUUUGACACUGAGCCCUGUGUGCUGGGCUGUGAGGGAUUCACCUCGGGGAGACAUUGCUGGGAGGUGGAGGUGAUGGCUGGGGGAUACUGGGCUGUGGGGGUGGCCAGAGAGUCUGUGAGCAGGAAGGGAUGGAUCAGCCUUAGUCCUGAGGGGGGGAUCUGGGCUGUGGAGCGGUGGCGAGGUCAGUUCCGGGCUCUCACCUCCCCUGCGACCCCCCUGCCCCUGAGCCGGGCCCCCAGCAGGAUCCGUGUUUGUCUGGACUGUGACCGGGGGCAGGUGACAUUUAUCGAUGCUGGUGACGAGGCCCCGAUCUUCACUUUCCCGCCAGGCUCCAUCCCUGGGGAGAGAAUCCGACCCUGGCUCUGGGUGUGGAGAUCCCGGCUCAGCCUGUGUCCCUGA